AGAGAAACCUUAACAAGUUUUUAUUAGUUUAGGAAAAUUUUUACACAUUUUUUGAGAGAAGAAAAACACAAAAUUCCCGUGAAAAUUAGUGAAAAUCCAUACUGAGUGGCACGUGAAAAUGGGAAAUCAACUUCAAUAGGAUUGACAAAGCCAUUAAAUUAGCCCUGCUGGUGCCACGUAAUGCGAAAAUUGCUGGGAAUCCUUAUCGAUUGAGCUGCAAAGUACUUCUCACCUAAUCUGCUGAAGCUCCAUUUGUGAUAAGAGCCCCCAUAUAAUGCGUAUCCGGAAACGAUCUGCCCUCCUAUUGUCCUCAGCCAUCAUUUUGUUCUUCCUCUUCCUCUACGUGCUCAUAAAUCAUGCAAUUCCCAACGAUAAGCCGAAAUCAAUGUUUAUCCUUGAGAAUAAACUGAAGGAGCUGCAGCAUAAUUUGAAUAAGCACGCAGAAGAAUUCGAUGAGAUAAAGAAGCAAAUUGGUAAUUUACAUACGAAUCAGAAGAGUCAGGAACAGCAGCUGGAUGGGAAUGAUCUCGUGAAGGAUUCCAUCAUAAAUGCUGGGCAGUGGGGAGCCGAUGGGGGCAAUUCCGAAUGCGCCAGCAAGCAUGGAGAGGUCCCCUGGCCCAAUAUUCAAAUGCUCGAUGUCUACAGAGAGAUGGAGUUUGAUAAUCCCAACGGUGGACCAUGGACGCAAGGUUGGCGCGUGGAAUAUGAUCCUCAUCACUGGAAUGCUCAUCAUAAGCUCAAGGUUUUCGUGGUGCCACACUCCCACAAUGAUCCCGGAUGGAUUAAAACCUUCGAAACGUACUAUGAGCACGACACAAAGCCCAUCCUGACGAACCUCCUGCGGCAUUUGGAGGCAAAUGAGAAUAUGAAGUUCAUCUGGGCUGAGAUUUCCUUCUUUGCACGGUGGUACGAUGAGCUUUCAGCUGAAGCCAAGAAGAAGGUGAAGCGCAUUGUGCAACGGAAACAGUUGGAAUUUGUUACCGGUGGAUGGGUGAUGAAUGACGAAGCCAAUGCCCACUGGGUUGCUAUUCUACAGCAACUAACGGAAGGGCAAACGUGGCUGAAAACAAACCUCAAUGUCACCCCCACGUCAUCGUGGGCAAUUGAUCCAUUCGGCUACACGCCAACGAUGCCCUACAUCCUCAAGGGAUCCGGUAUGAAGCACCUUCUAAUCCAGAGGACGCACUACUCUGUGAAGAAGCGCAUGGCCAAAAAUAAGGAUCUGGAGUUCCGUUGGAGACAAAUUUGGGACAGUACUGGUGACACGGAUUUCUUCACUCACAUGAUGCCCUUCUAUUCGUACGACGUCCCUCACACUUGUGGUCCCGAUCCGAAGAUUUGCUGUCAAUUUGACUUUAAACGCCUCCCCGGGUAUGGGUUAACAUGCCCCUGGCGCAUUGCCCCGCAGGCAAUUGAUGAUAAUAAUGUAGCCAAGAGAGCUGAAUUAAUUGUAGAUCAGUGGAGGAAGAAAUCAGUCCUGUACAAGACGAGAUCUGUGCUAAUUCCACUCGGGGAUGAUUUUCGAUACAGUCAGAGUUCAGAAUGGGAAGCGCAGCGGGUGAACUACGAGAAGCUCUUUGAGUACAUCAACAAUGAGCCAAGUUUGAAUUGUCAUGCGCAAUUUGCCACGCUCACGGAGUACUUUGACUCUGUGGCGAAGGAGAAGGAUUUUGGGCAGUUCCCAUCGCUAAGUGGGGACUUCUUCACCUAUGCCGAUAAGGAUGAUAACUACUGGAGUGGAUACUUUACGUCGCGACCCUUCCACAAACGCCUCGAUCGUGUUCUCAUGAACUACCUCCGUUCGGCUGAGAUGCUCCACGCGUGGUCAACGUGGGACCACGAAGCUGGAUUCGAUGGGCUCCUUCGCAAUGCACGACGAGCACUGUCGCUAUUCCAGCACCACGAUGGAGUGACGGGAACGGCAAAGGAUCACGUGAUGAAGGACUAUGCAGCAAGGAUGGUGGAUGCGGUGCGUGCAUCCAAGUUUGUCAUUCAGCAGGCGGUAUACAAACUCCUGACGAAACCCUCAAUCUACCAGCCAGACUACAAAUUUACCUACCUCAAUUUGGAUGAUUCUCGCUUUCCCAUACCGGACGAGAGUAGGCCCACCAUUAUAAUUGGGGAUGAGAUCCCCUAUAAAUACGUUGUUGUGCACAACUCCCUGCCACAGCCACGUGAGGAGCUGGUGGAAUUCCUCAUUGCAAAACCCUUUGUUAGCAUCAGGGAUCUCGAUAAGAAUGUCAUUCCUGGCCAAGUGAGUCCUGUGUGGUCUUGGCAUCGUGGUGGCUUCACAACGUACGCCCCACAAGCUUCCACGACAAAAUAUCGUAUGUCCUUUAGAGCUUCCGUACCACCUAUGGGGCUCAAAGUCUACAUGAUUCUAUCUGCCAAUUCUGCUGCGGAGAGUCAUGGUAUAACCUAUCCGAAAAUCACAAUAAUGACCCAUACACCAUUCUCCUUGAGUCUCGGUGACUAUCCGAGUCAAGUGGAGUUCACAACGCCCAAAGAGGUGUCCCUGCAUGCGGAAAAUGGUGCCUCAGUGGCAUUUACAAAUCAGGGAUUCCUCAAAUCCAUGACGGUUGAUGCGAAUGCCCCAACAAUGCCAAUUCACGUGGAAUUCAUGAAGUACGGAGCGAAGAAGGGACCAGAUAGGAGUGGGGCGUACCUCUUUAUGCCUGAUGGACCAGCAAUGCCGCUCUUUUUGGGUAAUUUGACGACACUCGUGAGUCGCGGGGAGCUUGAAUCGAGCGUCGCAACGGGACUACCGUUUGCAAUUCAUGAGUAUAUCAUGCGUGACGAUGGGUUGGAGAUUAGGAAUUUGGUUGAUAUUGGAGAUAUGGGAAAUACGGAGAUUGUCAUGCGGUUCUUGACGCCAAUCAACAGUGGGGAAUUCUUCUAUACGGAUUUGAAUGGAUUCCAAGUGAUAAAGCGACAGAGAUUUAGCAAAAUUCCCCUUCAGGCUAACUACUAUCCUGUUCCCACUUCGAUCUUCAUUGAGGAUGAGACCUUCCGGUUAACGCUGCUAACGGCUCAAUCAUUGGGAGGAUCGUCUCUGAAGUCUGGGCAAUUGGAGAUUAUGCAGGAUAGACGAUUGAAUCAGGACGACAAUCGUGGAUUGGGACAAGGAGUGUUGGAUAAUCAACCGAUUACGAAUAUCUUUCGACUUGUUCUUGAGCUACGGGACGCUUGUGCAACAUGGGAUUCCAGAUAUCCCGGAGGAUUCCUCACGUCGAAUGUUCACUGGCAACUGACCACCCUGACGUAUCCAAUGGAUAAGUUGGUAUUUCACGAGAAUGCCUGGGUGGGAAUGUUGCCGACUUUUGGGGAGAAUCACGAACCUGCUGAGAAGGGGAUUGAGGUUGCAGCCCUAAGAGAUCUUCCUCAUGUGUCCAAAGGAGGCAAAUCAACCCUCGGAAUUGUCCUGAGACGAACGCAGUUGGAGAAAUGCAGCACCGAUCCCAAUUUGGAGGGCAAUGUCAAUUUGAAGCGACUCUUUGGGAUUGAGGAGAACAAGGAUAUCUUCACGGCACCACUAACACUUCUCAAAAAAGAAACUUCCGUGCCGUCAGAUGAGAUAACUCUCUGCCCCAUGGAGAUGAAAGCCUUCAUUGUGGGCAGAUAAAAUCCCACAAAUGGCGCAUAAAUUGUGAAGAAAAAAAAAAAGAAAAUAGCACUAUUUUGUGUUUGUGAUUUACAAAGUGUAAUCUGUAUUAAGGUUUAUGUUUUAAAUGUACCUUUUCACCAUUAUUGCUUAAUUUUUUCCGUUUUUAGGAAAUCCUGUUCGGACGCCGCAGGACAUUACGGAUAAUAAAAAUCGAUAUAAGAAAAAAA